AUGAAAGAGUUAACUUUAAACGAAUCACCUUUCCUUAACCUCUCUAUGGAUGAGAUACUGGAAUUGGAAAGAGCAUACAAUGGUGCUAGAGAAAAAUCACUUGAUCAGAGUUUCUGCAUGGAGAUUGCUACAAGUUUGAGCUCCUUAUCAAAUAAAAAAUCCUUAUCAUGGGAACAGGUGCAGCAGUGGUUCCAUAAUAAACAUAGAGAGGCGACUGGUCAAGUUGCUUCAUCAGUUGAGGGACUGAGUCUUUACGUUGACCUUUUGGAUGAAUCUUCUUCAAGAAAGGAACAUAAGAUCUCUCCGAAUCCAAAAGGUAUUAAAGCAGAAGAUCUGUCAGAAUUGGGAUAUGAAUCAAUAUCUAUAAAAGACAAAGCAUGGCAUGACGUUGCAAUGUUUCUAAACUAUAGGGUUCUAAGCACAGGCGAACUUGAAGCUCGUGUACGAUAUCUUGGAUUUGGUAAGGAGGAGGAUGAAUGGGUCAAUGUGAAAGACGGGGUGCGAGAGAGAUCCAUCCCACUGGAAGCUUCUGAGUGUCACAAGGUGAAGGAAGGACAUCUUGUAUUGUGUUUCCUGGUAAAAUCUGAUUAUGCCCUCUACUGUGAUGCCCGUGUUUUGAGAAUCGAGAGGAGGGUACAUGAUAGCAAAGAGUGUACCUGCACCUUCACUGUCCGGUUUUACCAUGACAAUUCUGAGGAAGAGGUUCGUUGGGACAAUUUGUGCUGUAGACCAACACAAGAAGAAGCUGAGGUCCCCUUAGAACCUUUCAUGGAUCCCAUAGCGACCUUAUGGGGAUGA